CCGUUUCCUGGUUACCUCUUCACCAACUGUCAGCGAGUCAGUGGAGACAGUAAAAGGUGCAGAGCGAAAUAAGUCCAGUAUACAUCAAAUAAAACUGAAAGCACGUACUGAAUUGUGCAGCACAGGUUUUAUGCAUGAUUAAUAUAAUACGGGCAGGUCCAACUAUUACACUCUGUAUAAAGAGGUUUGGAGUGGCGUGUCCAGAAGGGCCAUGAAUUCUCUCAAAGCUGAUUUCAAAUGAAGAUCGUCAUGGGCUUUUCUCUGCACAGAACUCUGUGAGUGAUUGCUGAGGACUGUACGUGAUGGAGGAUUUCAGAAGGACGUACCUUCGCCUGUGUAAAGAGAGCGGCUUGGAGCCGCAGGAAUCCGUCCUCAAUCAGUUGCACGAUGUGCGGGCAGCAGGGGACGGCGCACGGCUUGACCUCGCCACGCAGAGCCUCUCAGUCGACACCUGUGCCGUCCUCGGCAGAGUGCUGUCCAACGAUGUCUUGUUCGUUGAAGUGGUGCUCAGCGACUGCAUGCUCAGUGAAGAAGGUGUCAAGCUGCUGUUGUAUGGGCUUUGUUCCAACACUACUGUUAAAGUGUUAGAUUUAAAGGGCAACAAUAUGAGAGCUGUCGGUUCAGAGGCGUUGGGUAAAUUACUGAGACAGAACAAGUCCAUUCGAAGGUUAACACUGGAGUGGAAUGCCCUAGGAAUGUGGGGAGAGGCUUUCUCUAUAUUCUGCGAGGGGCUGGGAUCCAACGAAGCCCUCAAACAGCUGGACCUCCGCAACAACCAGAUUAACCACCAGGGGGCAGGAGAGUUAGCUAUGGCACUAAAGAGGAACACCACACUGCAAGAGCUUGAUCUUCGCUGGAAUAACAUUGGGCUGCUUGGAGGGCGUGCGUUGCUGGAGUCCCUGCAGCAGAACAGGAUGCUGCUACAGCUAGAGAUGGCAGGCAACAACGUUCCCAGUGACACACUGAAAGCAGUUGAGCAGUCUAUAGAUCACAACUCUGACCGGAAGUCCACUCUGAAGGAGAGCCGCAGCAAGACCCAGGUGCUCAGCAAGGAGAUUCGGAGCCUGAGAGAGGAGAAGGGCAAACAGUUCUUGAAUAUGAUGGAGACCAUCGAUAAGCAAAGAGAGGAUUUGGGCAGAAGCAGCAGAAUGUCUGCGGUACGAGGGGGCCAGUUGCAGGAGGCGCUGAAUGAAAGAAAGUCUGCCGUGAAUUCUCUCAAAGCGAAGUUACAGAUGACUGAGGCUGCCCUGGCACUGUCAGAGCAGAACUCACAUGACCUGGGGGAGCUGCUGAGCAGAGUGAAGCUGGAGAAGUCAGAGCUGAAGGAGAGACAGUCCAGGGAGAUGAAUAAGGAGCAGAAGGAGGCUGUCAUAAGAGAAGGUAAACUUAUCAGAGAGCUACAAAUUUCAACUGAGAAGAAUCUGCACCUGAAAAGCAAGGUAGAUGAGCUGGAGUGGAGGUGUAAAGCUCAGCAGGAUCAUGUCUUCGACCUGAAACAAGAACUCACAAACUCCACGGCAGAACUCAAACUCCGGCUAGCCCAGGCAGAAGAACGUUUGGAAGCUGAGAAGAAAAGAUCCAAACAGACACUAGAUGAUGCUGAAAAUCUACGACAAAAAGAGCAACAGCGAGUGAGCCACUUGGAGGAGAAGCUGAGACUCCUGACCCAGUCCCGGGAUGAGUCCCAGAUUCACUGCACCCAGCAGAAAUGGACCGUCAGCGAGCUGCAGGCCAAGAACAACCACCUGGCCCUGGAGAUGGAGGGGCUAAAGCACAGGCUCGAGGAGCUGCAGCAGGAGCUGGGUGGGAAGGAGCAGGAGAAGGUGGCUGAGGUGAACAAGGUACGGGUGGAGCUGCAGGAGCAGAUUGGGCACCUGCAGGCAGAGAGGGCCACGCAGGGGGGCCUGAAGGAGAAGAUUGCAGCGCUGGAGAGAGAGGUGAAAGUGCAAACAAGCAACCACCGGGAGGCACUGCUGGAUAAGGAAAGCGAGACUGCCUCCCUGUUGGAGAAACUGCGACUGAAAGACGGCGAGAUCAUGCGAAUGCGAGAGGAUGAAGCCCAGCGAGCCAACUUUCUUCAGAAAGCAAUCCUUACCUACGUGCAAGGCUCUCCUCUUGGCAGCUAUAGCCCAAAGAAAUGAGUUUCAGCAUUACAACAAACAGCUACCUGGACUGAUCCUAAUACCUGUCAUAAUUUUGUUUUUUUUUUUAAAUGUUUGGAACAUGCAGGUAUCCUUACAAUGUUAGAGGCCUAGUUACUUCAACUUUUCACUGUGAUCUUAUCUGUUUACAUGUCUGAUUAAGCCAUGGUCCAUUAGCUCUUUAUAACAGUCUGGUGUUCCCUCAGCUGUUGCCUGAACUAUUUUCUUAAUGAGGACCCAGAAGCAGGUGGGCAUGACAAGGUAUGAUGGAAUCCCCCAACCUGUUGCACAAAAACAAUGAGAGGGGCCUCUACUUUUAGAAAUACCAGGUGGUAGGCUGUAUAUAUCAUAACAGCCACAGUGUAUUUAAUACAUACUUUAUUAUAGAGCUGAAACCACAGCACUGCAACUUCUUUUAAGCCAUUUCUUCAGUUUUAUAUGUGCUGAUUUAUGAACUUGUUCAAUCAGUUGAUUAAUGACAAGAUAAAAAUGUAAUACAUUUCAAUGUUCUACACGGUUUUAAAAAAGUGUAUAUAUAGUUUUAAAUGUGUUACUCUACGUAUGAAUGAGAUUUUCACAAAUUAUGUAUUUUUUCAGGAUUUUGUCUUUUAAUGUUUAUGUUUUUAAAAAAAUCAAUUUUCUAAUAUAACCGAAGCUAUCCAUUUGAGCUUAUGUAUACAGUGUAAUUAGUGUUAUGAUUUUGGUAUAUUUAUAAAGAGCAUUGUAGAAUAUAUAUAUUAUUUAUUUAUUUAUUUAUUUUAAUAAACACAAGUGGGCCUUGGUUGUCUUUAUGCCCUGUGGUUUUGGAACACGAUCGCUUAUCUGUCGACAGUACUUUCCUGUAUUUUCCCUCUCUUCCUUUCUUCCUGUACCCAUGUUAUUUAUUAGAUAUGGGGAGUAGCAUUAUUUAAACACGUGUGUUUGUGGUGCCUGGAUCGAAAUGGCAGUAGCGUGUUAAAUUCUAAAUUCAAAUUUGUAUCUGUUUACUACAGUUUUCCUUAGCUUAGGCUUCUGUGUUCUCCACUUACCAGGAUGCAGUUCCAGUAACCCUGUUUCUAAACUAGAGGAGGUUAUCUGCACUGCUGUAAGUUUUGAAGAGGGCACACAGUUUGGGUUAAAGGCUGUACUGACAUCCCCCUCUAAGCUGAUUGCGCUGAUUCAUUCUUAAUUGAACCUGAAAGUAUUAGAAUAAUUGCUCAUCAAUAUUCAGAAUCAUUUUCAGUCUUCUCAGCUUCUUGUAUAAACGCUUACAGUUUUUUCAAUGGGAUGGAGUUUUUCCUGUAAUGUAAAUAAUGCCACAAUGGGACAGCCUGUCAUUACCUAACCUAUAUUUGAUUUUUUCUCUUUUAGAAUUGUGAUUUAACAAUGUUGCACGUGUGCUAUACAGUGGAGCAUGAUAACCCAGUUAAUCAUGUCUAACAGUGACAGGGUGUGUUUUGCAGUGACUAAUCAUCUAUAUUGUUUGGGAACUGAACUAUUUCAAGUGUAUCGUUGUUUUUGGAUCCUUCCUCUUCUUUUUACAAGUGAGCGUUCUUUACAGUGCUUCAAUGAGCAAUGCCUUUGGACCUACACAUCCAUACAAUCAGGUGAUCACCCUAAAACCCUUCACAAUGUUCAGGGCUUAUUUAAUUAGUGGUUUAUUUAUUUAUAUGAGGUGGGUUUAUAACAAACCUGAAAUAAAUAAAUAAACCAUUAUCUAAGGUAUAACCAUUAUCUAAGGUUAAACAGUACUUUAAAAUAUGUGCCCACUGUACAGUUGAAAAGGGUUGCAUGGCCUGCAAACUUUAUUACUUCAUUAAUAAUAAAGAAAAUGUGCUGAACAAAAUAAUCCUUAAAACUGAGUUGUGUGAAUAGACCCUAUGUGCAAUGCAGGUGAAGAAUGUCUAAGGAUAUGAGGCGUGUUUUGUAAAGGCAUGUAUUCUGCUAUAGGGGUACGCGUUAGGAUUGCAAACUACUGGAGGGCAAUGUUAAAACAAGCUGGGGGGGAAAGCUCCCAGAUGUUUGUAUAG